CUGCUUUGAGCUCCAGCAGAAACGCGCAAAGAUGCUCUGAAAGCAAGACUGCAGCAUCUCCGAGUCAGAGCCUACAAAAACAUCGCAUCUCCUCCAAGCGCUCACCCAGCGCUUCAACGCCAUCCAGCUCUAUCUGCAUGGUUUGUCCACCUGCAUGCGGGAUCCGCUGUUUUUUCUUUCGCCUCUUGUACAUUUCCCGUUGCUAUUUAUUAUCCGCGCGCAUCUUCCCAGUUUUUAGCAGUGAAUCUUUUGAGUUGUGCCGACCACUGAGGUCAUAUAUUGUUUUCAGCUGGAGAGCGCCAUCGCAGAGCCACGAGUGAGGACGUUUCCCACAUCACUUGUUAUUAAUAUCAGUACAGCCUGAGCCACUGGAUAUCGAUGCGCCUUUCAAUCCGUAUCUAGGCUGCUACGGAGGAUCGACGCACCCCAAACAUUCAUAUCAUCGUGGUUUCACAUUUAGAAACAACAUAUUUGCGUAUCGCGUGUAGGGAAAACAAGAUCGAGCCUAAAGCUUCUUUAUAAAAAAUGAUGGCCGGUGGGGCAGUGCAGCAAAACGGGAUUUUCUCCAAUCCGCAUCAUCACAAUCAACAGCCGCACAUGGAGUCUGAUCCCCCCGAUUCCCGCAAAAGACCCCUGGAGACCCCGACGGAGGCCAGCAGCACCAAGCGCACAAACACAGGAGAGAGAUGCAACCAACCGGCCAUCCAUGAUCCACCAUUUUCAUCAGAUUUUGUCGGAUUUCACGAGGAAGGCGAAUAUUUCUUAAAGGUGCUGAUUCCAAGCUACGCCGCAGGCUCCAUAAUUGGCAAGGGUGGUCAAACUAUUGUCCAGCUACAGAAAGAGACAGGGGCCACCAUCAAGCUGUCCAAAUCCAAAGACUUCUACCCGGGAACAACCGAGCGCGUCUGCUUGGUCCAGGGCACUGUAGAGGCGCUGAACAGUGUCCAUGACUUCAUCGCGGAGAAGGUGCGGGAGAUGCCGCAGAGCGCUCAGAAAACAGAGCCAGUUUGCAUACUUCAGCCACAGACCACCGUCAACCCUGACCGUGUCAAACAGGCCAAGCUGAUAGUGCCCAACAGCACGGCAGGGCUGAUCAUUGGCAAGGGCGGAGCCACGGUGAAGGCCGUCAUGGAGCAGUCUGGUGCCUGGGUCCAGCUCUCACAGAAACCCGAAGGCAUCAACCUGCAGGAACGCGUCGUCACUAUCAGCGGGGAGCCCGAGCAGAACCGCAAGGCUGUGGAGAUCAUUGUGCAGAAGAUCCAGGAGGACCCGCAGAGCAGCAGCUGUCUGAACAUCAGUUACUCUAACAUCUCUGGCCCUGUGGCCAACUCCAAUCCCACCGGUUCCCCAUACGCCAACUCUGCAGAGGUAAUGCCGGCUGCUGCUGCAGCGGCGGCGGCCACGGCCUCCAGUCUCCUGGGGCAGGCCAGUCUGGCGGGAGUAGGCGCCUUCCCCACCACCAUGUCCAGCUUCUCAGGGAACGACCUGCUGACUAUCACAUCCGCGCUGAACACGUUAGCCAGCUACGGAUACAAUACCAACUCCCUGGGCCUAGGGCUCAACCCUGCGGCUGCCUCAGGAGUCCUCGCUGCUGUGGCUGCAAGCGCUAACCCUGCCGCAGCCGCGGCCGCCAACCUGCUAGCCUCCUACGCCAAUGACGCAUCCACCAGCUCCGGCCACCACGCGACCAGCCUGGGAGGCUUCACGCUAGGCUCGCUCGCCGCCGCCACCGGAGCCACCAACGGCUACCUGAGCGCCGCUUCCCCGCUGAUGGCGAGUUCACUACUGGCCACCGAGAAGCUGACCGAGGGGGCCAAAGAUGUGGUGGAGAUUGCAGUGCCGGAGAACUUGGUGGGCGCCAUUUUGGGGAAGGGAGGCAAAACACUUGUGGAGUACCAAGAACUGACGGGAGCCCGCAUCCAGAUCUCCAAAAAGGGAGAGUUUGUUCCUGGCACCAGAAACCGUAAAGUUACCAUUACCGGAUCGCCAGCCGCCACACAGGCAGCCCAAUAUCUUAUCAGCCAGCGAAUCACAUACGAGCAGGGUGUGAGAGCCACCAAUCCGCAGAAGGUGGGCUAAAAACAGGGAGUAUGAAAAAAGGAGAGAAAAGAGUGGGGGAUGGGGAAGAUACAGAGAAAGAUGGAGGGCGUGAAUAUCAACGAAAAUCAGCCACAUUCUUUGUGGGAAAAAUCUCAGUAUUAAAAAAAAAGAUGGAAAUAAUUCCUCUCAAAG